UUAUUUAGUAGUUAAGAGUAAUGCACGUGUUGCCGAAAUUAUUUAUAUUGCACAAAGUACAAAAGUAUUAUUGAUAGCAACAAGGACUGGGCCUCUCUUGAGAAGAUACACCAUCACACGGACUGCCUCUUUUGUGGAGAUUCUCAUCUUCACCAUCAUUGCUUCUUCGUUGAACACAGAUAGGGCAAAACCGUGUUCGGCUACAUAUUUGCGUUCCAGAUAUACUGCAAUCGCUGAGAGAUGCCGAGUUCACAUCUGGUUGACAGGCCUUGCACACCCAUGCAUUCCAUUGUCCCCAAACUCCACAGU